AUGGACGUCAGUAUCAUUGGAUCGGGCAUCAUCGGUCUCAUGUCAGCGUUGGCCCUGACUGAUGCGGGGUACAAAGUGACUAUGGUUGCGCGCGACCUACCAGGAGAUGAAAGUCAGGACUGGGCAAGUCCAUGGGCCGGGGUAUCGAUUUAUCCUCACCCAGAUGCUGGGGGUCACUCCCUACAAACCGAAAACUUCAAAUAUUUUUGGGCAUUGGCACACAGAGACCCAACGAGUGGUGUUCAAACUCUAAAAGCAACCGAAUACUAUGACGAUCGAGAUGAUGAUUCUAGUAUCUGGUAUAAGACGCUUGUGCCACGAUAUCGCCGAAUCCCCAAAGACAAAUUACCAGAGGGUGUAAAAGUCGGGUUCACAUACACCUCUAUGACGAUUAACCCCGAUUUUCUUUUACCUUGGAUUCAGAAACAGCUAAUUGCUCGUGGGGUUAGGUUCAUUCGAAGAACCUUACACACCAUUGAACAAGCUAAGGCUAUCACUGGUGCAAAGAUCAUUGUGCACGCAUCGGGCCUCGGGGCGCUUACCCUUGCGAACGAUAAGAACGUGGAAGCUAUUCGAGGACAGACAAUAUUUGUUGAAACCGACUUUGAAGAGGUGAAGAUGCAUCAAGGGUCUCAUUACACCUAUGUCAUUCCCCGAAUGCAUACCAAUGGCGCUAUCAUUGGAGGCGUGAGUCAACGUGGUAAUCACGAUCGUAAUGUCGACGAGGAUCUACGUGCGGAUAUACUACAGCGAGUGAAAUCUCUUGCGGGCGGGGAACUUGAUUCGUUGAGUUUAGAGAAAAGUGUACAGAAGGAUAUCGUUGCUUUCCGACCGGGAAGAAAAGGGGGAUAUCGGCUUGAAGUCGAGGGGAAUACAGUACACGCCUACGGGUUUGCGGGUCUGGGAUACAUUUUUAGCUAUGGGGUAGCUUUGAGGACUCACUCUCGAAAGGAGACUCACUCUCGAAAGGAGACUCACUCUCGAAAGGAGACUCACUCUCGAAAGGAGACUCACUCUCGAAAGGAGACUCACUCUCGAAAGGAGACUCACUCUCGAAAGGAGACUCACUCUCGAAAGGAGACUCACUCUCGAAAGGAGAUUUGA